AUGGGUUGCUUCAGCACCCAUGCUUCGGGGACUCUGGACCCCCCAGAGGUCCGCAAUUGGCGCAUCCAUCUUAUUGCCCUCAUUGCAUCCAUGUCUGCGCUGGCCAUGGGCUACGACACAGCUGUUAUUGGUGGCACCAUGGCACUCAACUCAUUCAUCCGGGACUUUGGCAUGAACGACAUCCCCAAAAGUAGCCGGGAUACUAUUCAGGGCAACAUUGUUUCCACUUUUCAGGCUGGGUGCUUUUUCGGCGCGCUUCUUGCCUUCCCUUUUGCCGAACGCAUCGGCCGGAAAAAAACCAUGAUCAUAGCAUCUUCCAUCUUUCUCCUCGGUGGAACGCUCAUGACAGCUUCGCAAGGCAGCCUAAAUAUGAUCUACGGCGGGCGUGCUGUAGCUGGCCUAGGCAUCGGCGCUUCAUCCAUGGUCGUACCUGUCUACAUUUCUGAAACCGCUCCACCAUCCAUUCGAGGCCGACUUGUUGGUAUUUUUGAAAUUGCAUCUCAAGGUGGAGGCAUGCUAGGUUUUUGGAUCAACUAUGCAGCGGACCGCACCAUUGACGUCGAAAGACAAGCCCAAUGGAUCGUACCUCUCGCCAUCCAACUCAUCCCCGGUGUACUGCUACUGCUCGGUGUUGCAUGGUGUCCCGAAUCACCCCGUUUCCUUGCCAAAAAGGAUAACUUUGAGGGUGCCGAAUGCAUACUGAGCAAGAUCAGGGGUCUUGACGUCUCACAUGCCUACAUCCAGCGUGAAAUGGGCGAGAUUCGCGCACAGGUCGAAGAACGUAGCGCCAAUCGCCAGAGCAAAAAAGCACAAUUCAUGAAGCUGUUCCAAGCAGGCGUCCGGAAUCGCAUGGCCAUCGGUCUCGCUCUCAUGUUCUUGCAAUCCUUCACUGGCGUGAACAUCAUUACCUACUACGCGCCGCGUAUCUUUGAAACCCUCGGCAUCUCAGGCACAUCACUCAAACUCUUCUCCACAGGUUUCUACGGCAUCGCAAAGACGCUCGGAAUGUUUACCUUUACCUUCGUCGUGGUCGAAAAGGUGGGCCGCCGCAAGGGUCUAAUCUGGGGCGCUGCUCUCGGAUGCAUACCCAUGUGGUACAUUGGUGGUUACGUGAUGAGGGCGGACCCAGCUGCCGCCGCCGCGCGAGGCGAUAUUUCCCGCGAUGCUUGGGGAUACCUAGCCAUGGUAUGUGUAUACAUCAACGCAUUCAUCAUCUGCGCAACAUGGCAGGGAAUUACGUGGACGUAUGCAUCAGAAAUCUUCCCGCUUGACAUCCGUAUGCUCUGUGUUUCGCUCACUACGGCCGACACAUGGCUUGGAUCCUUCAUCAUCGCGCGCAGCACACCCUACAUGAUUUCCGAUCUGGGAUACGGCGCAUACUUCUUCUUUGCAUCCAUCUUGUGUGCCAUGGGCGUGUGGAGUUUCUUCUUUGUGCCAGAAACUAAAGGCAUUACGCUUGAGGAGAUGGACGCUCUGUUCCUUAAGCCGAUGCACAAGGCGGUUUGGGCGCAGAUUCGUGGGAAGCCAAUCUUGACGCAGGAGGAGAUUGUGGCGAGAAAUAAGGGAUUGGAUCCGGAGAAGGAGAAGGAGUUUGGGGUGGAGACGAUAGAAACUGUGAAGAGCUGA